AUACAGAACAGCACUAGAAAAAACAGGUGAACAAACAAGCUGAGAAAUAAAUACGUGACUUGAAAAACCAAAAAUCACAUCGGAAAAUCUCUCCGGCGUUUCUUGUUUGCGGCAGCUCAAAAAUCUUCAAAGCCAUGACGACCUCAAAGCGACUUUCUGAUAGGAAGGUGCAACGAUUUCAGAAAAACAUUACCAAGCGAGGUGCAGUGCCUGAGACAGUUUCAAAGAAAGGCGGAAACUAUCCUGUUGGCCCCAUUUUGCUCGGGUUUUUCGUGUUUGUGGUUGUUGGAUCAUCCCUGUUUCAGAUAAUCAGGACAGCUACAAGCAGGGGUAUGGCUUAACAACAAUACAGCUACAACUGGAUAAUUGGCUUCUUCAUGUCAAGCAACUUUACCCAAACAUAGAAAUGCUAGAUUCCAUGUACUGGAUUAGCUGAUCUUUAUGUUGUGUAAACAGAGGAACUGUUGUGAAGUUUGUCAAACUUAUCUUCAAGAGUCUUUACCCGUCAUUGUAACUCACUCUGUCACUUUCUUUUGCCCAAAUUCAACAUCUGCAUUGUAGAAUA